AUGGAUGAUUGGGGUUCCAAGAAGCUUCAAGAGACACUGCUGGGUCUUGGUGGCUUCUACGUGAAGACCGGGCAGGUUCUCUCCACUCGCGUCGAUCUUUUCUCCAAACCGUACACGGAUCGUUUGCGAGUUCUGCAGGACAGUUUGCCUCCUGUCGAUGCGACAGAGAUACGCGACAUUGUUUCCAAGGAGCUCUGCGGAGGAGGUGGACUCUCUGAGCUCUUGAGAGAGUUUGACGAUGAGCCCUUGGGCACGGCUUCGAUCGCCCAGGACGCCUAA